UAUUUUAACUAAUAUUUAACUAUUCGCGAGCGUAUUAGGAAACUAUUACCUUUUUAAAGUGGUGACAAAAAUGUCACCUCUAACUUAUCGAUAAACAAAAACAAUAAUCCAAAAAGCUAAAAGUUAGCAAUCUCUUCAAGGCGAAAUUCUUCAAUGGCAGAAGAUCCAGAUAAACCCUCCACCUCUAAGAAGUCCGACGAUUCUCCUCUCUUUCCGCCCGCCAAGCCAGGAAAACGGGUGGAUUAUGGGACAAACGACACACUGGAGCUGCUUGAAAGGAUUCCUAGCCAAGUGGUGGAUCUCAAGCUGGACGAUGUGUUGACGGCGGUCAAAGAAGUGGACAACCUCUGUGACUAUCCGCGCUGCAAGACCAAGACGAGCCUUAUGGGCCAGGAUUGUCACCACUGCAAGAAGAGGUUCUGCUUCAAGCACGGAUUGCCGGAGGUGCAUGGCUGUGGGGAGGACAUCAAGAGGGAGGAGCGCAAAAACUUUCUGCAUCCAAAGCCGAUAAAAACGAUACGCCAGGAGGAGGAUGUCAAGAAUGCGAAGAAACGUCUUGAUGCAAAGCUGAAAGACAUGCAGGUGGGGCGCAUGCAGAAGGCUAACGGCGGAGGAUCCAAGAAAAAGAAAGGAAAAUAAGACACCUUGGAAAAUAAUAUAUUAGGAAAGGAAAAUUGUUUAUUUUAAUCAAAUAUAAAUUUACAGUUACAUACUCAAACACAAUAUCAGCUGUAGUAAACAAAAGUCAGCUGUUUUCUGUUGCAUAUUUACAAACGCAACACUUGGAAAUUAAAAUGUUUUUACUACGCUCUAGGCAGUUAAUAAAGCCGGAAAUUAUUAAAUUUAA